AUGAAUGGUGGUGCAGGGCCUGUGGAGGACAAGGACAUCGAAGAGGAAGAAGAGCCUGUCCCGGUGGAAAGUGCACCAACAAAGGCAAUGGAUCUGUAUCUCGAUACGAUUGACCGGUCAGCCCUCGACUUUGAUUUCGAAAAACUAUGCUCUGUCUCGCUUUCCAACAUUAACAUCUAUGGUUGCCUAGUCUGUGGGAAGUACUUUCAGGGUCGGGGCCGCAGUUCAUAUGCAUAUUCACAUUCGAUCCAUGAGGACCAUCAUGUCUUUAUUAAUUUGGAGACGACCAAGGUUUACGUCCUUCCUGACGGCUAUUCCGUAUCGGACCCGUCACUUCAGGACAUAGCGGCCGUCCUGUCGCCAAAAUUCACAGCCAACCAGGUGGCCGGUUUGUCCACUGCGGAACAUUUGACAAGACCCUCAUACGAUCUCGCUUCGCACCCCUACAUACCCGGGUACAUCGGCCUGAACAAUAUCAAGCGGAACGACUAUCUCAACGUCAUCAUUCACGCACUGCUGCAUGUUUCUCCGUUGCGUGAUUAUCUGCUCCUUACCGAACUCAAUCCGAAGUACUCCGAAUUAGCGAAGCGUUUUGCUACCCUGGCGAAGAAGCUGUGGAACCCGCGGCUAUUUAAGGCGCAGGUCUCCCCACAUGAAUUCCUCCAAGAGGUCACAAGAGCUAGUGCUGGCAAGUUCAAGAUCACCGAACAGGGGGAUCCGGUCGAGUUCAUGAGCUGGCUACUCAAUAUACUCCAUAAGGGGUUGGGCGGCACGAAGAAACGCGAUUCAAGUGUCAUCUACCACACAUUCCAGGGCGAGGUGCGAUUAGAUACCCAACAAAUCAUUGUUAAAUCCGACCGUUUGGGCAGCGAACGACCGGUGAAUACAGAAAUCAAAUCCACUUCUUCCCCCUUUCUCUUCCUAUCACUGGAUCUUCCCCCUCCACCGAUAUUCCAGGACUCAAUUGAGAAGAAUAUUAUUCCGCAAGUGACAUUGGCUUCGGUUCUGGCCAAAUAUAACGGCAGCACGACUCAGGAAUUUGCGGGUCAACUACGUAGAUACAAGUGUCAGCGGCUGCCGCCCUACAUCAUCCUCCACUUCAAACGAUUCACAAAGAAUAACUUCGUUGAAGAAAAGAAUCCCACCAUCGUAAAUUUUCCCCUCCGCGGUGUCGACUUCCGCGAAUAUCUUGACAAUCCAAUACCUGGACAAUCCACGGUAUACGACCUCGUUGCAAACGUCACGCAUGAAUCGACAGCGGGCACGGCUCGUGAUAAAGAAAACACCGUUUGGAAGGUUCAGUUGCGGGCCGGCAAGGCGGUUCCGGGCGCGACAGGCGCCCGCGAGGGAGAAGGCGAGAAGUGGUUUCAGCUGCAGGAUCUUAUUGUGGAAGAGGUGCGGAGGGAGAUGAUCUUCCUGAGUGAGACAGUCCUACAGAUCUGGGAAAGAAGAACCUAG